AUGGCCGCAAAGGCUUCAAGAUGGCACAUUCGAGGUGGAGUAGGCCAGGACAAGCCAAUGAACUUCGAUGCCCUGAGUGAAUUCAACCCAUACCAAAACGCCCAUCUGAAAAAGACAGGAUUUGCUCUGAGGGAGAAAGAUGGCAUUUCUUCCCCUUCCCAGUCACUUGUCUCCGUGAUGCCACAUGUCUGUCGUAUGGACCAUUGGUUCUUCCAGUUCGUUUUGCACGAAUGUGCCACAGCCACCUGUCUUCCUGUUCGGCUGGUCACUCAGGUUUCUCGGAUGAUCCAGCAGGAUUUCUGGAGUCUGACUUUUUGUUUGGUGAAACAUUAUGCAAACACCAUGCAGGUUAUCACAGAAAAUACUCCGGGCAUUUUCCUCCGUCAAUAUCGAAGUAUGUUCAGGUACGCCUGUGGGUUCUAUAUGUGCUGGGCGAUACGCCCAUAA